AUGCAUUUCACAUCUGCUGCCGCACUCGUUGCCCUCUCCUCCAUCGGUGUGACCUACGCUGCGCCUCUGGCUAACUCCCAAGACGACCUCAUUCGCCGGAAGUCCGAGUAUGAAGUGGUGAAUGUUGGCGGCGAGCCCUCUAGCUCGGCCGUUCCAGAGGUCGAGACAGUUACUCAGACGCUCAACUCAGUGGUGACCGCAGCUGGAGUUCCCGCUGUACCUUCUACUGUGACUAUCACCGCCACUCAAUCUCCCACCCUGUCUCCGUCUUCCGUGGCUCCCAGCUCAACGCCUCACGCUCACCAUGCUCCUCCCCUCGGUGGUUCUUUUAUGCCACCCAUGGACUCUUCUUCCUUUUUCCGACGCGGCCUCAAGGCUGCCGGUGAUCCAUUCCUGUAUGCCCGCAGCUUGGCUCCGUCUUCCAGUUCCUGGCCUGUGUCUGCGACUCCCCUCGUUGCUCGCGAUUUUGAUGCCUGGUAUCCUUCUUCCUCGGUAGCUACUUCUACCUUAAGUGCGGUUUCCUCUACAUCGCUCGUCGCUCGCCAGUGGGGUGGCUGGUCCUCCAGCAUCGCUUUGCCAUCCUCUGCCACCCCGAGCGUAUCCGCCACUCCCUUGGCCGCUCGCGACUUUGAUGACGAAUCGUUCUCCUCCGGUCUAUCCACCGCUUCUUCGACACUAAGCGUGAACGCCUCAGCCUCGCCCACUCCUUUUGCCCGCCGAGCUAUCCCUAGCACUUCGAGUGUGGCUACUCCUAGCUCCAGCUGGUCUCUUCCCGCUGCUGCCUCUCUUCUGCCCUACUAA